UCCAAAAUGGAGGACCUUGCGGUAGAGGUCUGCGGGCCAAGUGGAGCCUAUUACAAGGCAACAGUGAAAAAUAUUCAUGAGGAUGAAGUUACAGUGGAGUUUGAAAACAACUGGACACCUGAACGUACUGUCAAGUUCACACAAGUGCGUCUUCCCCCUCGAGAUGGUGGCGUGAAGAAAGAGUUCAGGGAUGGGGACAGAGUAGAGGUGUUCACCAAGUCCCAGAAUGACGAGGUGUUUGCAUGGUGGCCAUCCAGGAUCAAGAUGCUGAAAGGGGAGUUUGCUGUGGUGGAGUAUGUGGGCCAGGACAACUACACAGACAUCAUAGCUCUCGACAAGCUACGGUCAGGCAAUGCAAAUCCCACAAUCAGUAGCAGUAGUUUCUUCAAAUAUAUACUGGAAGUGCCUCCUGACUUGAAAGAAGCAUGUCAAGAAGAAGAAACUCACAUAGACUUCAAGAAACAUUGUGGUGCCGCUGUUAUUAGUUACAACCCUACAGACAACUCGCUUGUCAUACUGUCCACCAGUGAACAAGUGAUUAAAAAGGCUUCCAUCAUUGGUGACAUGUUCAUCCGAAAUCUACGCCAGAAAGUAUUAUUAAAACAGAGGACAGAAGAAGCUGUCAAGAAAUUACAGAGCACCAAGAUCCGGUCGGGGUUCAUGGAGGAGUUCUGUGUACGGGACGACCUGAUGGGCCUGGCUAUUGGAACACACGGUGCUAACAUUCAACAGGCUCGCAAAGUAGAGGGAAUCACUGGCAUCGAGCUUGACGAGAAUACAUGCACGUUUAAAGUGUACGGAGAGACUCCAGAAGCUGUAAAACAAGCUAGAAACAUGUUAGAAUUUGCUGAACAGACAUUUCAAGUCCCAAGAGAUCUAGUGGCCAAAGUGAUAGGGAAGAAUGGUCGAAACAUUCAAGACAUAGUGGACAAGUCGGGUGUUGUGAGGGUCAAAAUUGAGGGGGACAACGAAACUGACCAGCCAAGAGAAGAGACCUUUGAGUUUCAGGGACAGGUGCCUUUUAUUUUCGUGGGAACUGUAGAAAGUAUUGCAAAUGCACAGCUGUUAUUAGACUACCACUUAACACAUUUAAGGGAAGUGGAGCAACUGCGACAAGCGAAGCAGGAGAUAGACCAACAGCUGAAGAGUCUCUCUGGCCCCCAGUCUGGGCCCUACUUCCCCCCACCACGGGAAAGGAGAGGGAGCAAUGACCCAUACUCAGAUGAAAGAGGGAGGCGUGGUCGAGGUGGGCGUGGCAUGGGACGAGGCCGGAGAUGGGCAACGGAGAGGCAUGGCAUGAAUACUGGGGAUGAAGCGACGUCUCCAGAGCCUGUUGGUGAUUGGUCAGCGGAAGUGAUGGCAGAAGAGAGGCGGACAUCCGGCUACUUGACUGACAGUGUUUUGAGUGGAAGGGGGCGUGGCUACCGGAGAGGGCGUGGUAGGGGGAGGUACGCUGGGUACUCAUCUCGUAGAGACUCGGAUUACGAACACUACGAUGGCUAUCGAGGACACAAUAAUACGGCAGAUCACCUGAGACUUAAAGUCACACGGACAUUCAAUGAUGAUGAUGACUCCCGCGAUAGCCGUUCACGUCGUCGGAUGACUGAUGAUGAUGAUACCGUCCUAGAUAACGCCAGUGUCAACAGCCAAGAUCAAGAUUACGACAGGCGGCGGGACAGGCGGAGACGGCGAAGGCGAAACAGAGUUCGCGGCAGUGGAGGAUUUACUUCAGGCACUGAGACCGACACCAGUGUUUCCAACUUUAGAGGCAGUGGCCGGUAUGGUGGUAUGCCCCCGAGGGGUGGGGUACGAGGAGGGGGUGGUAAUGCCCCUCCCACCCAACAGGCUGCUGGCAGAACUGAAGGCGGACAGUCCAGUUCUCAGCUUUCUGCUUCGGCGGGUAACCAAGGUUACAAAAACUCUGUAAAUAAUGCUGAUAAGAUGAAUGGCGCUGGUGAUGCCAGCUCCUCCCAGGUUCCUCGGGAGGUUCCUCGGCCUCAGAAAGAGGCUCCGAGAGAGCAACGCGAGCCCCGGAAACCACCAGCACAAGCGAAGGUGGCAAAUCAACCCAGUGGAAGUGACUCAGACUCUAAAAGUGCAAAAUCUAAAGUGAACAAUCCUGCCAAAACCAAAGAACAAAUGGUGAAUGGAGAGUAGAGUGGUCUCCCUCUGGACAAUCCUUGUGCAAAGUACUUAUAUUACCAUGACUGAGUGAGUGAUCUACUGCAUGAGCUAGCCCAAUUGUGCUCCCACACACAGUGCAGUUAGUGCUAACCCCAACCUGGUUUGUUAUCUCAGUUAUUGAUGAGUGCUGGCGAGAGUUUUAUACCUGAAAGAUUUGUGUACUCCAAAAUGGCGACACAAACCACUGAUGAAAAUUUGCUGCUGAGGUUGCCAAAUUUUGUGAAUAGAAAUUCUCUAGAAGUGUAGUAUUAGUGCAUAAAGCUUAUGUUAACUGAGACAAGUUGUGUGUGUUGAAACAAUAAAUUAUUUUGAUUGACUGAAGAACUUAAAACCUGUGCCUGGAGAGAAUGGAGGCAAUUGGAAAGCACUCUUGUAAAGGGAGAGCACUCUUGUAAAGGGAGAGCACUCUUGUGACAUUAAAAUCGAUAAUGGACACACUGAAGCUGAAUCCAACUUGCGACUUGACUUAUUUGGAGUGUCUUCAGCGUUAUGGUGCAGCUUACAUGAAGAAGGUGCCAAUGAAGACCGCUGCUACAGAAGUUUGCCCUCAAAGAGCCACCACUAGUCUACUUUCUUCUCUAAAGUGUAAAAUUUUAAAUGCUAACAGCAUAAUUUUGUUUUGAUGGUAAUAGAAACCAUUGUUCCAGAUGCAGUUCCUUUAGCUUUGAAUUGCUAGGAUGUCACAGAUGUUAUAAGCUGCUGUUUAUUAUGAAUUGUUUUGCACCACCUUUGCGACUACUUUAAUAUGCAUCAUAAAAAGAUAUCUGUAUCAGUUUCCAUUUGAACAUAGACUAACUGCCAGCAUUACGCCAUAUCGUACGCUGGAAUAUGGAGUAAUUGUGAAGCUAUGGCCAUAUUAUACAUUUGAAAGUGUCAUCCAAACUAUUUUAUUCGAAACAAGCUUUUUGGGAUUGUUGAAUCAAUACAUACUACAGUAUGCUGUUUAUUGUUACUCUCACAUUGAAUGAAAGUCACCCUUCUGUUGAAUAAUUUCUUGUGUAGAGAACAUAUUAUUGUAAAUGCAUAAUACGAGAUUUGUUUUGUCAGUGAUGGAUUCCUGUCACAAGAAAAGAAAUCUGAAUUGUACCGACUAUAUAUGAGAUGACACCUGUUUAUCUCAUUGUUUCCACAAGAUGUAAGAUACUAAGUCUACAUUCUACCAAUAAUUAUCCCUGUAGAAUAGUGUUCAGUCUUCUCUCAUGACUAGGACAAUGUAACAGAGAAGAUGUGGAUGGGAUAUAUAUAUUUUUUUAUUUUCUAUUUUUAUUUUUCUAAAACAAAAUAGAUUCUGAAAACUUAUCAGAAAAAAGAAAUCUUAUACAUGUAAUAAUUGUUGGCUAUUUAAUGUUAUUGGCUUUAACAGUUUAAUUUAAUAGCAGAUAUUGUAAAGUGCAGUAAAUGUAUUCUGCUACAUACGAACUGCUGUAAACUUUCCCCCAAAAUGACAGGGACUUUGAUGCAGCUUAUCUUACAUCUUGAUGGGAAUCCAACAACAGAGAAUUACAUCCUUAUGGAUGAACAACCAACAUGUCCGUUGGACAGACAAUAUCCAAUAAUCAUUGGACACCAGCCAACAAGAAAAGCUUGAAGGCCAAGCUGAUGUUUAGGACUGGACAUCAAGUAAUGGUCAAGCCAGACAGAAGUCAUGUGACCAUUGGACAGUCCUCAUAGUGGACGUCAAGGACAAACUAAGGAGAAAUGUUUCACUGAUGUGACAGUGAAAGCUUCCAGAAGCUGGACAUUGUUCAAGUCUAUGGAACGACUUGCGACUUCUUUCGAAAGAGGAACAACCUCUCAGAUGAACAUUCAGGUGAACUUGAGCAAAUAUUGUGUUAUCACCAUCUCCAACUGUGACCAUGCUUCUAAUUUCGAACAUGUUGUCAAUGAUCUGCAGUUGUUUGGAGAUGCCUGAAGUCAUGACAUUUGCCAAGUUCCUGUCAAGGCUUAUCCUUUCUCCACCCAGACCCUGCAUCCCUACAUCUCAUGCAGUCAUGGAGGAGGAAGGAGUCACUUUCUCCAUCCGUGACCUUGCAUCCCUACAUCUCAUGCAGUCAUGGAGGAGGGAGGAGUCACUUUCUCCAUCCGUGACCUUGCAUCCCUACAUCUCAUGCAGUCAUGGAGGAGGAAGGAGUCACUUUCUCCAUCCGUGACCUUGCAUCCCUACAUCUCAUGCAGUCAUGGAGGAGGAAGGAGUCACUUUCUCCAUCCGUGACCUUGCAUCCCUACAUCUCAUGCAGUCAUGGAGGAGGGAGGAGUCACUUUCUCCAUCCGUGACCUUGCAUCCCUACAUCUCAUGCAGUCAUGGAGGAGGGAGGAGUCACUUUCUCCAUCCGUGACCUUGCAUCCCUACAUCUCAUGCAGUCAUGGAGGAGGAAGGAGUCACUCUCUCCAUCCGUGACCUUGCAUCCCUACAUCUCAUGCAGUCAUGGAGGAGGAAGGAGUCACUUUCUCCAUCCGUGACCUUGCAUCCCUACAUCUCAUGCAGUCAUGGAGGAGGAAGGAGUCACUUUCUCCAUCCGUGACCUUGCAUCCCUACAUCUCGUGCAGUCAUGGAGGAGGAAGGAGUCACUUUCUCCAUCCGUGACCUUGCAUCCCUACAUCUCAUGCAGUCAUGGAGGAGGGAGGAGUCACUUUCUCCAUCCUUGACCUUGCAUCCCUACAUCUCAUGCAGUCAUGGAGGAGGAAGGAGUCACUUUACUGGCACUGCUCACAUGGGUAGAUUUCUUCACGUUAUUGCAGACACAGCAAAUGAUUCCUUUCCGUAGAUGAAUGACAUUGGUUGUGCAAGGACAGAAAGUGUUGUUUUGAUUCUGUCCCUUCUUGUUGGGAGCAGUUACAAUAUCACAGGUGAGACUAAACGUGUGUUGUGGUUAAUAUAAGUUUGUGAUUGCUGUGCCUGAUAGUGAGGAGAAAUCUGUCCAGACAGUGGUGUCUGAGAGAUACUUACUCCAAAUGAUACGGACAAAAGGGAUUGAAGAAAAAAGAUAAACAUGUCUUCUCCUUUCUUGUGAAUCACAAAAACUGCUUUCGAAAGAAAGGGUUCAUGUUACCGUUUAUACACACAUUUUGUUGUGUGUAAACAUCUGCGUUUGUGAACUAGUAUUUGCGUCAUAUUUAUAUCCAAUUGUGUUGUGUAUUGUGACAUAUCAAUAUAAUUCAUGGCUUUUAGAAUAGAAAAAAAUGCAGUUCAGCUGCACCAAAAAAAGAAGAAGCGAGGCUUGUUGUUUUCCUGCUAAUUUCCGUACUAUCAGAACUGAGUGUUAUUAUAUUGGUAUGAAAUACUGAGAGUUCACAUCCUUUAUCAAAGGGAAAUCAAGGGUCUAAGGGCUGAAUAAAUGUUUGACAAAGUGUUCACUUCUACAAUUUUAAUAAUGCUUUUGAUAAAUCUUGACAUUUAGUCUUUAAAUUGUCAUAGCCAUUGGUCAGGGUUUUUUUGUGUUGAAAAAGGAGAACCUAUAAUGGGGUGAUAACUGGAUGUCAAUAGAUUGUCUCCCUUUGAUCGUUGGUUUUUGGUUUAAGAUUAUAUAUUAAAUACCUUCUUUGUAUAUCUGUGCAUUUUGUUAUAUCACAUAUCAUUGGUAAUUGUUUGGAAGUAAUCAAAUGGGAUUAAAUUGGUAAACAUAUUUGUUCUUCGAGCAAAUUACAAGUAGAAGAUGUUUUGCAUAUUUCUGAGACAUUGAACCAUGGAAUAAAAUUAAAAAUGUUUUGUCUUGUAAUUAUCAGAGAUUGUGUAAAAUGAUUUCCUACAUUCUGAGCUUCUUGCAAGUAUAAAAUAAAACCGAAUCCUAGGGUAACCAAUACGUGAUUUGGUAGGAGGUAGAAUACAGGGUUGUUGAACUUCAAUAUACAGAUUAUCAAAUGAAGUUUGGUCCAUCUGUAUCUUCUGAACAUCACAUCCAGUUUCUGUGUGAUUAUAUAUUUUUCUGGGAUUGGUAUUAUUUUGUUUGUAAUAACCAAUUUUGAAGAAUAGGCCGAAGAAAUCCAGUCACCUUACUCAUUAAUAGAUGUUGCAUUUGAAAACUGCAAUGUCCCAUGUUUUUGCCAUUUCAGUCUAUGAACUUAACAUGUGUGUUUAAUGUAGCCGUUAUAGUAGUUCAUUGUAUAUUUAUGAUAAAGCAUAUUUUGGACAUUGUAUAUCUGUUAGCAGAUUGCAAACACUAUCAUGAACUUGACAGCGUAUGACUUUGAUGACAGAAGAUUUGUAAUGAUUUCAUAAGCACCAGCUUUGACUGAUUUCAAAGAGUAAUGUUAAAAGGCAAUCAAAUCUGUGAGUCCCUUUUCAGGAGACUAACAUUUUUCAUAAGCCAGGUGCUUAUGAAAGUAUUAGAAUUCUCUCUGGUAUAUUCGACACUUUGUAACUCCCCCAAAAGUCUUGUAUGGAACCUUCCAUGCUCUUGCAGUGGAAGAAUCUACAGAUUUCACUGGGGUGAGUGUUGGACACAACACUGUGUACAGUGCAACAGUGUUGCAAUGGAUGAACAAGGCAUGACCAGCUGUGUUACAGAGCGUCUCACAAAGCGGAUGUGCCCUUAAGAAUUUACACUGAUUUGUUCAUUUGACAAGACAUCUCAUUCCAAUGGUCUCUGAAAACACAAACAGGAAAAAGCCAACAUUUCAAUGUUAGUAUUGAAAACAAAAAUGAUCAUGUGUAUUGCUCCAUAUUACCAUGGUAUCUGAAAAAUACAAGAUAUUUCCAAGAUAUGUACCGAAAUUUGACAUUAUCUUAUGUUUGUGAUGAGACCGAAUAAAUGGUUUAUUGAUUCGGUUUUGUUCAUUCAGCUAUGUUUAAAGAGACUUUGUUUGGAAUAUUUAAAUUUUACUACAAUGGUUAGAAGAUGAAAAUGUAAGCUGAAAAAAGUCUUUUGCAAAAUAAUUUCUACUGGUAGCUCUGCUAGCCAUGCUGAAAUGUUGGAGCUGAAAGCACCAUGCCCUUCUCGCUCUGUGAACACAGCUGCUCUCUUGGCCGUCACCACUGGUUACCAUUGACAUGUACAUAAUGUAUUAUACUUCCAUGCUUACGAGACAAGCAGUCGACUUUAUUUGUGGUACUUGAACUAACCUUGACUUUGGCAUUGGAAAACAGGAGAUUUAUGCUGCAUAUCCAUCCCAAUCUUCUCUUGUACGGCAUGAAACAGUAAGAAGGUGACAACUAAAUCCUGUUUCAAAUGGUUUGUUCUCAGCACCAGUGGUCUCAUUCCUUAAAACCUUGAGCAAGUAAUGACCAUUUUGUUAAAACAGUAAGAUCAAGAUCAGUUGUUGCAGAUUGCAACAAGAGAAGAUUGAAACAUUGCCAGUGAAGAUCGGUUAUGAAAUAGUAAUCUGCCAUUAGACAAAACAGGAUUGAAGACGUCGUUUUGGUAUUGUGGUCUUUUAAAGAAGUCCACAUUUGGGAACUGAUAUAUCAGAUGGACAAAUACAGUCAAUUUGAACAUUACCUGAUGCUGAUAUGGACACUGAAAGACUCAACUCCUUGACCACCCGUCUGAUGUGCAGAGAUAUGGAAAUGCCUCAUGUAUGUCUUCAGCAGGAUACAAGCCAGGUGUUGAUCUUGGUCAGUUGCACCUGUUUGGUGUGGAGGUGUCCCAUCUUGCUGUAGGUCUUCAGUCAGAUGCUGUAUACAUCUUGGUCAGUUGCACCUGUUUGGUAGUGAGGUGUCCCAUCUUGCUGUAGGUCUUCAGCCAGAUGUCUUUUACAUCUUGGUCAGUUCCACCUGUCUGGUGUGGAGGUGUCCCAUCUUGCUGUAGGUCUUCAGCCAGAUGUCUUUUACAUCUUGGUCAGUUACACCUGUUUGGUGUGGAGGUGUCCCAUCUUGCUGUAGGUCUUCAGCCAGAUGCUGUAUACAUCUUGGUCAUUUCCACCUGUCUGGUGUGAAGGUGUUCAAUCUUGCUUUGUAUCUGGUUGAGGCAUCCUCUGAACAUAGCGUGGCCCACCUGUCUGGUGUGACUAGAUAUGGAGUGGCCCAUAUUGCUGUAUGCUGAACACAACAUGGUCAUGACUCAAAUGAGGCUUGAUAUGGCUAUAGUAAUUAAACUCCCCAAAUCUGAAGUAUCAGUUUGCAUUGAUUACCAGGCAUUAUUUCAAGGAUAUGAAACAGUUAAUAAUAUAAAUACACGAUUGAUGACUUGUGUACAUUCUUUGAUCGGAUUGACAAGAAAGAAGCCUAAUUAUAAGAUAUGGUUGAACCUUCCUGUCCAGGCCAAAUUAGCCUCAGUCAAACUGAUCAUGUUGUUUUGAUGGUCUUGUCUUGUAUUCCCUACCAAGUAAAAUGGGCACAGAAAGUACAAGGUCUUGGUUGAGAUCCUGGGCUGGGGCGUCUUGCUUCCUACGGACGUACAAUCUGCUGCUACGUGACAGGAGUGUCCAGCUCAUAUUCAUGUACAAUAAUGAGGCAUAAUUACAUCUGCACAUUGCAUUGUCAUGAUGAGAAUUCUCCAAGCCUCAUGGCUGCCUUUGUUCACAGAUCCUAACAGAAGUAGCACUACAUUUUGGGUGUUUACUCUUAGUCUUUGUUAAAUAAGAUGUUUGUGGCAUAGAAUAAGGGUCAUACAACUGAAACAAGCAACUGUUUAGAAUACCUCUGAUUUUUUACAUCUUUUCUUAUGUACAUUCACGUUCAUGUACAGAUUAACUGUUGCCAUGUUAAGUGAACAGUUUCCUGAACAGUUCAGGUUGAACGGAGGAUCAUGUGAACAUGGGUGACCAUGAACAAGGUGGAGAAAGUCACGUUGAUGUAAAUACACCCGGUAUGUAGAUCGAUGUACGCAACACUUGCAUCGCGACAGGAAUCAUUAUAUCCUGAUUACUUGACACAUGAAAUACAGUCGUACUGAUGGGUGUAGCAGGAUAGGGAACAGCGACAUACUAGUAUAUUUUCACGUGUGUGUGUGAUCAGUUUUUGUUGUUCGGAUUACUCAAUAAUGCUUGCAAUACGUAAAAACAAGUGGCCAAAAAAUCCAAGUCUUAAUCUAAGGACUCCUCAGAUGAACUUCUGUUCUCCUGCUACCCUUGAAGUAGACUGACUUUUGUCAGAAGGUAAAGCUGUGAAAAGUCAUUGUGUUCCUCUGAGUUCGAGUACAUUUUACUAAGGUCUACAAUCCUUAUUACGGUUGUUUCAGAAAAAAAAGGAUUGUAUCUGAUGUUUGGAUGGAAAUUUAGUAAUUACCUUGUUGUUGCCUUAAUUUCAUGCUGUGAUUGACUUUAUCCUGUUGCCAUGGUAACACAAAAAGUUCCUGUCUCAAAGAGGAGGAAAAUGGAAAUAUAACCACACAGAAAAGAUCAGGUUUAUGGGGUUGAUAUGCUGAAAAUACUGUUAGGGUUUACAACUGUCAAUUUGUACGUACAUUCUUCAACAAAUAGAUGUGGUUCACAUUGUAAAAUCAGGAUGUGUUCUCUGUUGUUUUAACUUUGGAGUUUGCCCUUAUUUUCAUGUCCUCCUCUUGAGAGAGUUACAGUGCUGUAGCAAGUUACAAUGUUCAGGGGCGGUUCAAGUAUCUUCACAAAACAUGUCAAGGAAUGAUUUGUAGAUUCAUUCAAUUUUGAUUCAUUAUGGUGUGUACAACAUGUAUCAAGGUAAAAGGUCAAGAGCGAGACCAUGUACUUACAUGAAUACAUCUCGUGACAACUUUCAGUAACUUACUCUUGAAAGUUAAAGGGGGACUAUGCUCGGACAGAUUGGCAGUCCCAGCAAGUUUCAUUCAAUGGAUACAAAACCCGCUUUUGAAAUUUUAUAUUGUAAUUAGAGAAUCUCACUCAAAUGUCUUUUCAUACUAAAUAUAUCAACAUGAGUAGAUUUAGGUUUCCAGCUCCGAGGUUUGCCCAGGAGUUUAAACUUUUAUUGUCAAGUGUUGAUAAAUUUUAUUUAAAAAGGCACCAGGGUAAGAUUCUGUCCAUUCUCCAAACUCAUUCCUUGAUUUUUUUGGCAUUUUGUAAACAGUAAACACUAGUGUGUUGAGUGUUAAAAGUAGAGCUUACCUGCUUCAAUUUCAGAGAUUAGUUACGUCAUCUUAUUGUGAUAUCAUUGGUACCCGAUAGGAUCAGAUAGACUGCAAAGUAUUGUGCUGCAAUAUCAUUGCAGCCAUAUCUCCUGUGAAGGACAGUUUUGAAUGAUAAAUCCAUGUGUCAGUUAAGGUUUAACCUUAGUUCACAGACGUCAUCUUAGCAUCCUGCAUGGCACAUGACAACAUAUAGACCUUGAGUGAAACACCAGGCCCCCUUUAAAGAAUGUAACGGUGUUCAGCCAUGCCAUGUCACUUGCUACAGCACACCUACUGAAAUGUGACGACAACCUCAUGACUAACCACAUGCCUUCAUUACCUACCUUUCAGCCAUUGACAGAUGACAUCUUAUACUAAAUAACUCAAUUUGUGCCUCAUGUUGAAUUCCCAGUGUUGAAAUAGAAAUAGGUUUGUGAUCACAUACAACCGCAACUGUUAUGAAUGAAAGCAAAUCAGAAGUGAAUAUUUCCUGACAGCUACAGUAAAAGUAUGCUAAAACAUUUAGUUUACCACAGUAGACGUUUUGUUCAGGACCUACUUGACCAUUGAUACAAGAGGUCAUCUUCUUACAUGAAGGCUUACAUUGGAUCACAUUAAAGUUACCCUAAUUAACACAAUGAGCUAUCUGCUUCAAACAGUUUAGUAGUCACUAUUUGGCUUUCUCAUUUCAUGGAAGUAGUAAGAUCUUUCACCUUGUUCAAAGGAAACAGACUAGGACGUCUUCAAUUGGAACCUAAUGCCGCCCAUACUUAAAAACAACAUUAACCCUGAAUGUUUAAAUACAUGAAAUGCAGUGUUUGGUUAAUUAAUUCCUCUUGCCCAACAUUUUGUGAUGUUUUUGAACAUUGGUGACUUGUCAGUAGCUAGUGAGUUGUCUAUCAUUAUCAUUGCUAAGUUUAUUCAGACCAAAUCGUGUGUGUCUUAGUAUUUGAUGUCAUCUGUCGGAUCUUCACAUCACCAUAGUAACUCAACACGAGGUAAAUACCUCACUGGGUGAACGUGUGCUUGUCAUCUCGGAGAGGUGAAGAGUGUCUUUGCUUGCAGACAGUAGUAGUCAUGUCGUAGGACAAGAGUCAUCAUUAUUUAUUUUCCAUUUUAUUAUAAUGACUGAGUUUGUAUUUAUGUUAGGUUUUAAAUGCCUAUUGUGCAGAUCUGUUCUCAAAUUAAACCGAUGCAAUAAUU